UAAUUUUGUUCGGUUUUUCUCAAAGGAAGGAUACAAAACAGUGAUACUGAAAGUUAGCUUGUAUACACUCUGUUUUCCUUCGGUAAGGUGGAUAUUGGCAAAUAUUUAUCAAAUGUCAUUUUUUAGAUCCGUACGAUUGACUUUUUUCUCAAAAUGGCAUAAUCCUUUAUACACAAUUAUCCGUUCCCUCUGUUUUAAACAUUUAUUGUUCAGCUUACACGCCAAUUAAUUACGUCAAUACUCAUUCGAUGUCUAUUCAAACGUUACAAGUUUUAAAUAAUGAUGGUUUAAACUCAAUUCUACAAAAAGUAGGAUUUGCGAUUACGGGUGCUUUUGUUAUUGGAGCCGCUGCUUAUGUUGGCUAUCGAGCUGCUUCACCACAAAAAUACAUUAUUCCAAAUCGUCAUCCAGAGUCGAAUGAUCAAAUUGAAAAGGUACUUGAGUCAUUAAAAAUUAGUGAUGAAGGUCUUAUUAAAAUUAUGCAAGUAUUGGAAGCAGAAAUGGAAUUUGGCCUUAGUGCUUCUACACACAAAGACGCUGUCAUUAAAAUGUAUCCAACGUAUGUGCGACAUAUCAGUGAUGGAACAGAAAUUGGUCAGAUUUUAGCAUUGGAUCUUGGUGGAACAAAUUUUCGUAUUUUAUUAAUUAAUUUACUUGGACAUGGUCGUAUCGAUAUUCAGUCAAAAAUAUUUCUUAUUCCGCAACGUAUAAUGGUCGGAGAAGGACAACAUUUAUUCAAACAUAUAGCCGAUUGUUUAUCGGAUUUUAUGACAAAAGAAAAUUUGCUGAGUACUGGUUUGCGUUAUCCCUUAGGACUUGCAUCGGCCCGUUUGACACAAUGGACAAAAGGAUUUAGUUGUUCAAACGUUGUGGACGAAGAUGUUGUUAAAUUGCUUCAGACAGCGAUAGAUGAGAAGCAUUUGAACGUUGAUUGUGUUGCUUUGGUGAACGAUACUGUGGGUACUUUAAUGGCUUGCGCAUACAAAGAUCCACAUACAUCGAUUGGUUUAAUAUUGGGUACAGGAACAAAUGCAUGUUAUAUGGAACAACUGGACAAAGUUGGAACAUGGAAUGGAGAUUAUGAUGAACCAAAGCAAGUAAUUAUUAAUAUGGAGUGGGGUGCUUUCGGCGAUAACGGAAAACUAAAUCAUAUACGAACAAAAUAUGAUGAAGAAGUCGAUUUAUCCUCACUGAAUCCGUCAAAACAACUAUUUGAAAAAAUGAUUAGUGGAAUGUACAUGGGUGAAAUUGUUCGAUUGAUUAUACUUGAUUUGAUGCAACAAGAACUACUGUUUUUGGGUCAUAAUGACGGUUAUGGCGAUUAUAAAGUCCCAUUGUAUUCACGAGGUGGUUUUUAUACAAAAUUUGUUUCAACUGUGGAAACCGAUGAAGGAAUUGGAUUCAGUAACACACGACGAGUACUAGAAGAUAUUGGUAUUAGAAAUCCAACGUAUGACGAUUGUGCCAUUGUGCAACAUAUUUGCCGACAUGUAUCAAAGCGUGCCGCUCGAUUAGCGGGAGCAGCUGUAUUAAUUAAUCGAAUUAAUAAACCGACGAUUACUGUUGGUGUUGACGGUUCGUUAUACAGAUAUCAUCCUCGUUUUAAACGAAAUAUGGAAAAGUGUAUGCAAACACUUGUCAACAAAAAUAUUAAGGGAGAAGAUCAGUUUCAAUUGGCAUUGUCGGAUGAUGGUUCUGGAAAGGGAGCAGCUCUAGUUGCAGCAGUAGCAGACCGUGCGAACCUACUAAAGUCAUGA